GAAAAUUUUCUCCUCUAUUGAUUCAGUUUAAUUUUGUUCGAGUUGAAGAAUGCAACAGAUGCUUUUCUAGAAGGCUUGCAUUUUGCAAAAGAGGGAAUUCUUUUUUACUUUAUAGCAUGGUUGUCACUGCUGUUACAUCCGCAUUCUUUCCGGUCACUUCAUCGCCGGAAUACUCCGACUCGAAAAAGAAGAAGCAUGGAAAUGGAUCCAUUAACAUCGGAGGUAUCACAUCAAAAUCGUCGUCUUCUCGAAGCUUGCAAGUCAAGGCAAAUGCUCAAGCCCCUCCGAAAAUAAAUAGAACCAAGGUCGUCACACCUACAGUGGAAGUUUUCAAGAAUGAGGAUGGGGUCAAUUCUCCUCCUCCGAGGACGUUUAUCAAUCAGUUAACAGAUUGGAGAGUGCUUCUUACUGCUAUCACGACCGUUUUCUUGGCUGCCGAGAAGCAGUGGAUGAUGCUCGAUUGGAAGCUUAAGCGACCGGAUACGCUCGUUGAUCCAUUUGGUAUAGGAAGGAUUGUUCGGGAUGGUCUUGUUUUCAGACAGAGCUUCUCGAUUAGGUCUUACGAGAUAGGUGCUGAUCGUACAGCAUCCAUAGAGACAGUAAUGAAUCAUUUGCAGGAAACAGCACUUAAUCAUGUUAGAAGUGUUGGAAUGCUAGGAGAUGGUUUUGGUUCAACCCCAGAGAUGUGCAAGAAGAAUCUAAUAUGGGUAGUCACUCGGAUGCAGAUUGUGGUUGAUCGCUAUCCUACUUGGGGUGAUGUUGUUCAAGUAGAUACUUGGGUCAGUGCAUCAGGAAAGAAUUGCACAAGAAGGGAUUGGGUUAUUCGAGAUAUUAAAACUGGUGAAAUUUUAGCCAGAGCUUCAAGUAUUUGGGUUAUGAUGAACAAACUGACUAGAAGGUUAUCUAAAAUACCAGAAGAGGUCCGAAGGGAGAUAGAACCUUAUUUUAUGAAUUCUGAUCCUGUUGUCGCCGAGGAUAGCCGGAAAUUGAUGAAACUCGACGACAGCAGUGCGGAACUUGUUCGUAAAGGUUUAACACCCAGACGGAGUGACUUGGAUGUGAACCAGCAUGUCAAUAAUGUGAAAUACAUUGGCUGGAUCCUUGAGAGUGGCCCAUUGCCAAUGUUGGAAUCUCACGAGCUAUCUUCCAUGACACUGGAGUACAGGAGGGAGUGUGGGAGGGACAGCGUGCUGCAGUCACUAACCGCCGUCUCCGACCAUGGUGACGGGAACUCGGUGAGUCUCGGCGAAAUCGAGUGCCAGCACUUGCUCCGUCUUGAAGAUGGGCCCGAGGUCGUAAGAGGAAGGACUCAGUGGAGGCCUAAGAAAUCGGAAAGUUCCGGCAAUGAGGGUCGAAUUCCAACCGAAAGUGCCUAGGAAUCCAAGUCUGUACCAAUGCAGGAUGUGCAGU